UACGCUGUGGCCCCUGCUCGGAACCAUAAGCAGGUCCAGAACCAGGACCAGGACCAGGACCAGGACCGCGGAGCUGCUGGUGCUGCAGCUUCAUUGUUGUCAGAUCCUCCAGCUGCUCAGCAGAGAAUGAGCAGAAGAACCACACACAGACCCGGACACACACGGUACCUGCAAACCCGGACACACACGAUAUUGACAUGAAGAAGGACAUCGAGACUCUGAUAGCAGAGGAGCGAGCUGAGAUCAUCUUGAAAUAUGCCACGGGCAGGCAGGGCGGCGUGGAGAUCGACCCCUGGGAGGACGGAGAUUACAGCAUCUACAAGGUCAUGGAUCGCUUCGGCUUCCUGCACGCGAACGAGCUGCCGGCGCCAACUGCUCACGAGGAGAAGCUGAAGCAUCUGGAGGUGGAGAGGGCGGAGAAGUGGCUGAAGAUGGUGAAGAAAUGGGACAAGUACAAGAACAGUGAGCGGAUGGUGAAACGGAUCUACAAAGGCGUUCCCCUGCAGCUCCGAGGCCGGGCCUGGGCGCUCCUGCUGGACGUGGAGCGGACCAAGAGCGAAAACGAGGGCAAAUACGAGAACAUGAAGGAGCAGGCCAGACUUUACUCGUCCGAGAUCAAGCAGAUCGAUCUGGACAUCAACAGAACCUUCAGGAACCACAUCAUGUUCAUGGAGCGCUUCGGAGUCAAGCAGCAGUCCCUCUUCCACGUCCUCGCCGCGUACUCCGUCUACAACACGGAGGUGAGCUACUGCCAGGGCAUGAGUCAGAUCGCCGCCCUCCUGCUCAUGUACAUGAACGAGGAGGACGCCUUCUGGGCUCUGUCGCAGCUGCUGACCGACCAGAAGCACGGCAUGCACGGCUUUUUUAUUCCUGGGUUUCCCAAGCUUCACCGAUUCCAGGCACACCACGACCAGAUCCUCUCCAAGCUCCUCCCCAAACUGAAGAAACAUCUGGACAGAGAGCAGAUGUCUGCAGGGAUUUACAGCACCAAGUGGUUCCUGCAGUGCUUCAUCGACAGGACGCCGUUCACGCUGACGCUUCGCCUGUGGGACAUUUUCAUCCUGGAGGGGGAGAAGUUGCUCACCGCCAUGUCUUACACCGUCCUGAAGACGCACAAGAAGCGUCUCUUGAAGAUGCCCCUGGAGGAUCUCAGAGAGUUCCUGCAGGAACGGAUUGCUCAGACUUUCUUCCACAGCGACGACGUGGUCAUCGAGCACCUGCAGGCCUCCAUGACGGAGCUGCAGAAGAUGAAGCUGGACCUCCCUCCUGCAGGGAAGUCUGAGGAGCUGCCCCGGAAGCCUCUGGGCCAGGAGCUGCUGAGCCCCGUCCAGCCCUCUGGGCGGAGGUCGUCCCUGGCCAGCAGCUUCCCCAGAGCCGGACUGGGCCUCCACAUCAUCUCCCACCUGCCCGGAUCCAUGUCCCCGGACCAGAGCCCUUCCAAAGACCCCCGGGAUCUGGAGGCUGCCGAGGAGAGGGAGCUGCCGCUCCCCUCCCCAGACCCCGUCAUCAUCCACAGCCACGUCCCCCUGACUCCAACCGGCUCCCCGCUGACGGGCCCUCCGCCCUACCGGCCCCCGGGGAGCCCCGCACUCCUGCCGGAUCAGGACGGGGAGCCGAUCCAGGCUGACGGCGCUGAUGACCCCUCGACCGGCUCGCUCUCGACGAGUGGCAGGACUCCGUCCUCCUGCAGAGUCCUGACGACUCCUGCAGCUCAGGCAGCGUCGCCGGGGCUGGGGGUGGCUCGGCCAGAGAGCCCGAUCUCACCUCCGAUCUCACCUCCGAUCUCACCUCCGAUCUCACCUCCGAUAUCGCCUCCAGCCUCACCUCCAGCCUCACCUCCGUCCUCCAGCGGAAAUCUGAACCGGGAAGUGAAUCUGAGAUCAGAGGAAUCUCAGGCUACGGAUGCUUCAGAACCAGAACUCCAACCAGCAGAUCACCAUCGUACUGAAUGAGCGCUGACUUGUUGAAGUCACGUUUGUGGGGAGAUCACGAGCAUCAGCCUCGUUUACAGUGUUGAGCAAUAAUCCUUUUAAUAACGUCUUCAGUUUUCAGGAUUUCAGGACCGGUUCUGGCAAUUUAUGGUUUCAGUUGUUGGUAUCCAACUCUCCAGCUGCUGCGUUUCACAGAUCUGUUUCAGCUUCAGGGUAUUGAACCUUAACCGGUGCAGGGAGGAGCUUCUCUCGGCACUCGCUGUGCACGCGGUGGCAGUACAAUGAUCCGGGUCACAUCAGUUUUACACCAACAGACCUGCAGCCACGGUUUCUGGUUGUCGCUCUUUCAUUGAAACUCAUUGCAUGAGCUGCAGAACUCCACAAACGGCUGGUUCUAUUUCGUUUCGUUUGCUUUUGCACUGAAACCUGCAAGUCGUGAGCUGAGAGUUUAGAGCGAUGGAGAACCUGCAUGUCUGUCAUGGGUCAACUGGGUCUUGGUUGAUGUCACAGUGAUGUGAUCAGGGAAGUCUCAAGGUGGAUGAAUAAACUUCAGUUCAAAAAUACUUUAUUAACCCCCGAAGGGAAAUUCACUAACAAAACUUAAACAAUAGAAAAACUUUAACGCUUAAACACAGGCGUGUUAUCAGGCUGCAUUGUGGGAAAUGUAAGAUCCAGCUGGGGGGGGCAGGGUUAGUAGCUCCACACUUGUUCCAGUGAUGCAGAAACCAGAAUCGCAGAAAAAUGACCGUCGUAAAAGAACUCUGUGUUAGCGCCAAACUGUCGGUUCUGCGUCGGAAACAGUUGAUUGACAGUCGUCUCAAAGCUCUUCCACCAAAGAUCACCUGAGAUGAUUAUCUGACUGUCAGAAAGAACUAGGCCUUGGUCUGCCAAAUUUACGUUAAAAUGCAAUAUGAAAUGACUUUUUGAUGAAUGCGACUUUGUCCAUCUCCGUAACUAUUGGCAGGUUUUUGUUUGUUGGCGAUUGUUUACCGCCGGCGUAGCCAGAUGCUAAAAGUCCAACUUCUGGGUUGAAGCCAACGCUUUGGUGAGAAAGUUUCAGUUCUUCUCCUGACCACUAGGGUCUGGAAUGUAAACAAUCCCUGAAGGGAAAUGAAUUAUGAUGACUUUAGAUGACUUCACUGUCAGCCGUCAGACUCCUCCCACAACCGUGACCUUCUCAGCAUUUGUCCAAACCGUCCUCAUUUCCAGAUUUUGUCUUCAUUUUGAAUCCCGGAAUCGGGACUCUCUUCACGGCCCACACCGUUUCCUGGUGGUAUUUCAGGUCAGACUGACCUCGACCUCCGAGGCAAUGCCCUGUAGGACUCAACGGCCUGUAGGACACAACGCCCUGUAGGACACAACGCCCUGUAGGACACAACGCCCUGUAGGACUCAACGCCCUGUAGGACACAACGCCCUGUAGGACACAACGCCCUGUAGGACACAACGCCCUGUAGGACACAACGCCCUGUAGGACACAACGCCCUGUAGGACUCAACGCCGCUUCGUCAGCCUUUGUAAAGUGUUUUGUUAGCAGAGAAAGCGUUUUAUUUUUCGUACUGAUGUCUCGAAGCCUUAUCCUCAGCUCUUCUCUGGACGUCCUGAGGCUUCUCUGACCCGACUCCCUGGAGGACGAGAAGCAGCUUUCAGCCGUUGGACUGAACAUGAGAACCUCCGACGCGGUGAGCUGGCUCACUGUUAUGAUUGUACACAUGGAGCUACGGUGCUUUUUUUGUUUGCAGUAGCUCACUAAUUUAUUAUUUUUUCAUUCUCGUAUUAUAAAAAAAACGGCAUCCAGGUGAAAAAGCAGCUUUUUCUUCUUAUUUCUGACGUUUGCAUAUAAAAGGAACUGGAUGUGGUUAUUUAGUUAGAAGUGUUCGGUACUGUAGAUCCAGUGGAUUCACUGAUUCAGAUCAAGAGUUUGAAUGUACAGUAGAUUCUGUUUCUCUGUGUGCUUAGAAAGGAAGAACCGCUGACCUCUGAGAUCGGUUUAAAGGUAGACGUAGGCUAGCCAGUGUGAGUAGAAUCUUAACAGGAAAGUUAGUUUGCAAAUAAGAGAGAAAAUGUAAUACAUUUUCUUUGAAUUGUAUGAAUGCAUUUAAGAUAUCUGAUAUUUAAGAGCUAAAUCUGCAGAUUAAGAGUCAAAGUCGAACUGGUUUAUUCAGUGUAUUUAAGAUCUGGUUCUGUUUUUUUUGUUGAAGAAGACUAAAGAGGAGCUGAAAAAAUAAAAUGUUUUUUUUC